AUGCGGCACCAGCUGGACGGCCUGGUGAUGGUUGGAAAUCUCGCCAACCAGGUGGACACCGCAUUCCUGGCUGAGGCAUGUGCUGCUGAGAGACUUCCAACAAAGGUUAUUGGAGUCCCAGUAUCCUUGGACUGCAACUUCCCAUUUGUGCAGCAGAGCGUGGGUUUUGACACGGUGACCCGAACUCUGUCCGCAUUCGUUGGAACCAUUGGGAACUUGGUGAAGGCUUCGAGGAAUAUGUGGAUCUUCGUGCGAACAAUGGGUGACGCAUGGUCUCACGUGGCAGUUCAAAUCACUUUGGAGACUCAUGUGCACAUGGUCCUGAUGUCUGGAAGCCAGCUGCUGGGCCAAUAUUUGGCCAAAAUUGUGCAGUGCCUCUGCGAUUUGAUCGUCCAGCGGCAUGAAGCAGGCCAAGAUCAUGGCAUCAUCAUGCUUCCAGUGGGGUUCGUCAACGAUAUCUUGGAGCUUCGCGUUCUUUUCUCUGAGUUGAUGGAGGUCAUGUCCAGGAAUCAUUACGAACAGAGUUGGGAUUCAAUUCCAAGCAUUGCCUCCAAAUUGAAGCCAAGUACAGCAGCCCUGUUUGAAGUCAUCCCACGAGAUGUGCAGUAUGAGAUGUGCUUCGGUGGCCGAGAGAGGUACAUGAACAAGGUGGACUUCUCUACGAUCUCGACGGAUCGACUUCUGCUUCGUUUCGUGGAAAUCGAGUUGCACCGUCGCAGGCAAUUAGGUAUUAUCAAGGAGGACCACCUGUGGAUAGCAGCUUAUGUUUAG